AGCAUUUUUACAUGCGGUUUCCUUUUCAAACUGCUAUUUUUUCAACUCUAUUCCAGCGCUCUUUGUAUUCAACCAUGUUUAAGACACAAGUCGAAAAGGUCAAUGUGAAUAGUUUUGCCUUUCAAAAGGCACUUGAUUCCGAAUUCUCUGAACAAAAUGCUACAAGUAUUAUUACAAAUCAAGACGAUCAACAUGCGAUCGAGCAAGCAGCAAAAUGGUUAAAGCAAGGCGAAGCUGUUGGUAUGCCUACUGAAACAGUGUAUGGCCUUGCAGCCAAUGCUCUUGAUGCCAAUGCUGUUGCCAAGAUCUUUGCUGCAAAAAAUAGACCUCAAGACAACCCUUUGAUUAUCCAUGUUUCUUCGCUUGAAAUGCUGAAGAGCGUUUUACCUGAUAAAACAAUUCCAAAGGUCUAUUUACCAGUGAUUCACAAGUACUGGCCCGGGCCUUUGACUAUCAUUCUUCCUGCUUCCUCUAUGAUUCCAACCUCUGUCACUUGCGGACAUCCCACAGUAGCUGUCCGAUUUCCUUCUCAUCCAGUUGCCAGAAGCUUAAUUGAAGCAUGCGGAUUUCCUCUGGCAGCACCCUCAGCCAAUUCAUCAGGCAAGCCUUCACCCACACUUGCCAGCCAUGUGUAUCACGAUUUACAAGGUCGCAUUCCUUACAUUUUAGAUGGUGGAUCAUGCGAUGUAGGCGUUGAAAGUACAGUAUUGGAUGGACUACGAACUCCACCUGCUAUCUUACGACCUGGUGGAUUGACAUAUGAGGAUAUCUCACAAGUAGAAGGCAUGGAAAAAUUACAGGUCUAUCGAAAGCAUUUUGUCGAUAAAGAGUUGGAAAUGGCACCUACAACACCUGGCAUGAAGUACCGCCAUUAUUCACCUGAAGCUAUGGUCAUCUUGAUUGAAGGAAAUCAUGAUGCUUUUGAUCGUAUAUGCAAAGAACAAUUGGAUAUUGUACAAAAGUCUGGAGUGGGUAUCUCAAAAAUUGGUGUGCUUCGUACAACACAAGAUGGACAGGAAGCUGUCUGGGAAACAGUGUCCAAAUGGGACGACAUUGAAUGUAUUUCUUUACAAAUGGGUCGUCAUGGCCACCCUGAAGAAGUUGCCCGUGGCAUGUUUAGAGGAUUGCGUGACUUGGAUGAACGAACAGUUGAUCUCAUUUUUGUUGAAGGUAUUUCUGAAGAUAGAGAAGGAAUGGCUGUCAUGAACCGAUUAAGAAAGGCUGCAGCCAAAAUCAUAGAAGCUUAGACUAUAUAAACAUG